AUGGGAAAGACUAGAGAUCUCCUCAAGAAAAUUAGAGAUACAAAGGAAACAUUUCAUGCAAAGAUGGGCUCAAUAAAAGACAGAAAUGGUAUGAACCUAAGAGAAGUAGAAGAUAUUAAGAAGAGGUGGCAAGAAUACACAAAAGAAUUGUACGAAAAAGAUUUUCACGACCCGGAUAAUCAUGAUGGUGUGAUCAUUCAUCUAGAGCAAGACAUCCUGGACUAUGAAGUCAAGUGGGCCUUGGAAAGCAUCACUAUGAACAAAGCUAGUGGAGUUGGAAUUCCAGUGGAGCUGUUUCAAAUCCUGAAAGAUGAUGCUUUCAAAGUGCUGCACUCAAUAUGCCAGCAAAUUUGGAAAACUCAGCAGUGGCCACAGGACUGGAAAAGGUCAGGUUUCAUUCCAAUCCCAAAGAAAGGCAAUGCCAAAGAAUGCUCAAACUAUCGCACAGUUGCACUCAUCUCACAUGCUAGUAAAGUAAUGCUCAAAAUUCUCCAAGCCAGGCUUCAUCAAUACAUGAACCGUGAAUUUCCUGAUGUUCAAGCUGGUUUUAGAAAAGGCAGAGGAACCAGAGAUCAAAUUGCCAACAUCCACUGGAUCAUGGAAAAAGCAAGAGAGUUCCAGAAAAACAUCUCUUUCUGCUUUAUUGACUAUGCCAAAGCCUUUGACUGUGUGGAUCAC